AAGCUUCAGAAUUCCAACUGCCGGGCGCGUCCAAAACAUGGUCCCUGACUGAGACUUAUUUUACGCCACUAGAGCGGGGGUGGGUAGCGUCAGAAAGAGCGAGGAGCAGGGGACUGGCCAGCUUCGCCGCGGGAAAAGAACGGGAGGCGGAGUGUCCGCAGCGCGCACGCGCAACGAAAGUCAAUGGCGGUCUGGAGAGACUGGCGGAAGCUAGCUUUCCAAUAUGGCGGCCGAGGCGGAUGGACCGCUUAAACGGCUGCUCGUGCCGAUUCUUUUACCUGAGAAAUGCUACGACCAACUUUUCGUUCAGUGGGACUUGCUUCACGUCCCCUGCCUCAAGAUUCUCCUCAGCAAAGGCCUGGGGCUGGGCAUUGUGGCUGGCUCACUUCUCGUAAAGCUGCCCCAGGUGUUUAAAAUCCUGGGAGCCAAGAGUGCCGAAGGAUUGAGUCUCCAGUCUGUAAUGCUGGAGCUAGUGGCAUUGACUGGGACCAUGGUCUACAGCAUCACUAACAACUUCCCAUUCAGCUCUUGGGGUGAAGCCUUGUUCCUGAUGCUCCAGACGAUCACCAUCUGCUUCCUGGUCAUGCACUACAGAGGACAGACUGUGAAAGGUGUCGCUUUCCUCGCUUGCUACGGCCUGGUCCUGCUGGUGCUUCUCUCACCUCUGACGCCCUUGACUGUAGUCACCCUGCUCCAGGCCUCCAAUGUGCCUGCUGUGGUGGUGGGGAGGCUUCUCCAGGCAGCCACCAAUUACCACAAUGGGCACACAGGCCAGCUCUCAGCCAUCACAGUCUUCCUGCUGUUUGGGGGCUCCCUGGCCCGAAUCUUCACUUCCAUUCAGGAAACUGGAGAUCCCCUGAUGGCUGGGACCUUUGUGGUCUCCUCACUCUGCAACGGCCUCAUCGCCGCCCAGCUGCUCUUCUACUGGAAUGCAAGGCCUCCCCACAGGCAGAAAAAGGCGGAGUAGAGCCAGCUACUGGAGUCAUUCCGUUUCCACUCAUUCACCCAACCUCAGGGUUCUCCCCAUCUGAGCCAGCCUGCUGGUGUGACUUACUCAUCCUCCAUUCCUCUGCAUUUGCAGACUUUCUAAGCCAGGGUUGGCUGUAGUGGAAACAAAUGGUUGAUGGAUCCAGAUCCUUAGAAAAGGAGAAGAUGGGGGUAGAGUCUCCUAAGCCAAAAUUUUGACAUUUGAGUGCUUUUCUAAGCGCUGUACAUGAACUAUUAACUCAGUCAUUGAGCCAAGCCUCCUCCUCUAGCAGCAAUUUCCAGCUGUUUAACACUAUCCUGGGUAAAUGUUUUACCCUGUCCUCCAGCCUCCCUGCUUCCCUUCUGGCCUUAGAAGAUGGAGCCUGGAAGGCAGAGUGGAGGGGACUGGGGGCCUGUGGCUGCCUCCCCGCCUCAGCCCGGCUGGGACUGUCUCCCAGACCCCAGUGCUGAGGUGGGGGAAGGGGGACGGAGAAUGACUCAGGCAGGGCCCCAGGGUGGGGUGAGGAGGUUCCUGCUCUGGCAGGUCUAGGCGGAAGGGAGUGGAGAUGGGGCUGGUUCCUGCUGCAGUGAGGGGAACAGAUGGGACAAUAAAGACUGGAGACUCAGUUGAAUAAUACAAAACUGUGUUUAAUACUA